AUGAAGCGAAAUCGGCCGCGCGGGUCUCAGCAACGAAAAAUUAAGAAGGCAAGAAAAAAGUCAGCUGAGGCGAUGUCUGGAUCUAUUUUAAAAUAUGUUGCACCUUCAACAUCUACCGCAGUAGGAGAAAGUGCUGAAGACAUUCAGUCUGUUGAAUCCAGAGGUGAAAUGCCUGAAGUAUCUUCUCAAGAAGCUUCAUAUGUGAAAGUGCAAGAAUUGGAGAAGAUCAUUUUAUCUUCAAGCGGUGAAAGCGAUGUAGACGAAGGAGAUGCCAGCAGAAGCCUGCAUCAGCAAGACUCUGAUGAUGAUGAUGAUGAUGAUGAUGAAGAAGAAGAAGAGGAGACUGUUCGACUGUUUAUUCUGAUGUUGCUGCUUGGCCAGUUCCAGUUCCAGAUGUUUUAA